GGUAGAUAGUGUUAAAGGGGCAUAACUUCUUUCAUUUCUCCCCCACGCACAGCGAACAGAGGCAGGGCGUCUCCCCCACGCAGAGCCAUUGGUGCGAAGCUAGACGUGGCGACGGCAUCAAUGUCGAAACCUUCGUUUCAGAUAAUUUUGGGUUCGGCGUCAACUGCUCGGCGACGGAUUCUAGCUGAGAUGGGUUAUGAAUUUAGAGUCAUGACUGCAGAUAUUGAUGAGAGAAGUAUAAGGAAAGACAAGCCGGAAGAAUUGGUGAUGGCUCUAGCUGAAGCUAAGGCAGAUGCCAUCAUAGCAAGACUUCUGAACACAGGUCAACUGCAGAAAGAUACUGAUAUGACAUUGUUGAUUACUGCAGAUACGGUGGUGGUAUAUAAAGGAGUGGUGAGAGAGAAGCCGACCAGUGAGGACGAAGCACGGGAAUUCAUAAAAGGCUAUUCCGGUGGUCACGCUGCAGUUGUAGGAUCUAUACUUGUAACCAAUCUCAAUACAGGUUCAAGAAGGGUCACUUGGGAGAGAGCAGAGGUAUAUUUCCAUGAGAUACCCGACGAAAUCAUCGAUAGCUUGAUCGAGGAAGGAAUAACUUUCAAAGUGGCUGGAGGUCUGAUGCUGGAACAUCCAUUAACAUUGCCCUUUGUUGAAGCAGUGAUCGGAAAUACGGACACUGUCAUGGGGCUUCCAAGUGCACUUACCCAGCAAUUCAUUGAUGAAGUCUUGCAACCUCUGAAAGCCUAACUCACUUUGGAUUAGGAAUUCGGAUAAUGAGAGUUUUGGACCCAAUUUUUAUUAGUAGAACUAGAAUCAAUACCCGCGGCUACCCCGCAGGAACCAAAGUUUGCAACAACAUGAUCCUUUGAUGGGCAGUUUAGGUAAUGGCUGAUGGCAAACAGGGAUCGUUGUAUGUUGUAUUCUUGGCGAUGGCCCCGAUUUUAUGUUGAGUUCUAUAGUCUCCUUUCAGUUUAAUAUUCUCUGACAUUCUGUUCACGUAUCUGUUUGCCAAUAACUAAACAAGGUUGGG